AAGAGGUGCUCGAUUUCUGUCUGGACUUGGAUGAUCGCUCUUCAUGGCUGUAAUGGAUAUUUGUGUUGGGAAGGGGCUCAUUUUAGCCCUUUUCUUCUUUGCUGUUGAUGGCAGGAGAUCAGGGCCGAUCGCUGUUGAUCAUGGACCGAUAUUAGAGCCGGAGGUUGUUGAGCGGAUAUCAGGGCCGUUAUUUAUAGUGACGUUUCCUGGAGUGAUUGAGUCCGGUUCUGAAGCCACAUUGUGUGCAAGUCUUCUGAAACCCCAAGAGAAACUCACAAUGACCAUUUCUCUGCUUGAUGAGAGAAAUGUGAUCACACCACUUGUGCAGCAGAGCUCUCGGAUGGCGUUUCACCGAUGCUUUAGUUUCCAGGCUCCUCAAGUAGAUGGAGAAUUGUUGCAGAAGCUUCAGGUGGAAGUUAAAGGGAGAGUCUUCAAAGUGACUGAAGAGAGGAAAGUCAUGUUCAGACGUUACCUGCCUUUGACUUUCAUUCAAACAGAAACCUAUCUAUAAUCCAGGACAAGCGG